UGUAUUAUGUCUGUAUAUCACCGUUAUUUUUCAAUAAUUCUACCUAUUCUGGGUGAUGCUUGUUUACUAUUACUCUUAGAGCUGAUUUUGCAGUUAUGAUUUAGCGUCAGACUUUCGUUUUACUUGUUAGUUGUCAGCUCUCACUGAGUCACUUGUAGAAUGUCCAGCUCAACCACCAGCGGCCAGAAACAGAAGCGAGCCCGUUCGGAAACAUCGUCUGAAACAGGAUCCAACAUAAGUUUUGCGGAUAAGGUGGCUGCAAUGGAACACCAGUUUGUGAACAUGCUGAAAAGCGUUCAGAAGCAGAUCUUGGAAUCGGGGAAAAGUCAAGGCGUCCUUAUCACCUGUUGCGCCAUGUAUAUCUUCCAGAAGGAUGUCAAGGACAUUCAAAGCCUCUUGAUGAAUGACUACGAGAUGGGGAAACUGGAGCAGGUGCGGAUGGUGGUUACGGGAGAGGAGAUUCUGCCUUUGCCUGCGUGGAUGGAAAGUGGUGUGGCUCUGCAGGCAUACUUUGAGCGGAAAGUGGGUACUAACCGUUGCCAUUCAUCGGGUGAUGCUCGUAAGCGUGGCUUCGAAGUGCCGUGGCGCGCCAGCGUGCAGCUGCAGAGCAUCCCACCGGGUUGUUUCGUCGAGUCUGUCCAGUUGUCCUUCAUCAAUCCGGCCUCUGACGGCAGUCCCACCGUCAAGAUGGACCUCUCGGCCGAAGGUGCCAGUAAUCUGUACCUGAUUAACGACAAACUGAUGAACAUCCGCGGUCAGACAUACUCCGAGUGCUGUCGCGAACUGGGUAUCUUUCGCCAGGGAUUCUGCUACGUCACGCUGCGCGUGCCGCUGCGACUGCUCAUCCGCCAACAACUGAAGCAAUUGCGGAUGGAUUUGCCGCAUCCUGCAGUGGCCGACUGCGAGGAUUAUUAUUCCGCAGGGAAUGGAUGCGACAGUGUGACUUUGAAGUUUGGACGUUCCACUGUGAAAGUGGAUCGUCCGUUCUUGAUGAAUAUUUCUGCGGAAACCCGCGCCAUCUUCGGAACGAAGACGUCUGGGCAAGUGGGCGUGUAUGAGAUGGGUGUCAGUAAAGAAGCGACUAUCGCUCUGUUGGACGCAGUGAAGACGGCCACCGACCAUUUGGAUACCGACCGAACCACACUUUCCGUUUUGUAUGAACUGGUGGCGUUGUCCGUCGACUGGAAUAUCCCGUUAGUGAAACUGUGGACGCAGUUAGCCUUGCUGGAGCGUCUGUGUGCGCCGGGCGUGAACCUGCAGCAGAUCCCGAUUGACAAUUUGAUCAAGGUGGUCCGUCAGGAUUACGACGUGAAUAGAGUGCAGACCGGAGCGAAAAUGACGUUACUGGGCUUCAUGUUUGCGCUGCGGGAUAUGUGUCUGGCAGACGUUCUGUCAACACCACUGAACGAGCUACUAGUUCGAGAAUUUGAUUGUAUUUCUUCGCAUCCAACGCUUGUGGAUGCGUUUCAACCGGCAGAGUCAAUGGCGAAUCCGGCGACUAAUACAAACGUUAAGCGGCAGUGCAAGACGCUAACCGUUCGUCAGGACGAUAACUCCCUUCGCGUGCGAGUUCUGCAAACAACGAACAUUGGACGAAUCAAGGCCUUUGUUCAGAGUCACCUUGGAAUUCCCAUUUACCAGCAACGCAUGGUGUUUGAUGGCAGACAAAUGGAUGACUACAGACUGGUUGGGGAUUUUGACUUUGAGGAUGGAGAUAUGAUAGAGAUAUUCACUGAGCAGUAUGGUUGUUAGGGAAAACAUUGAUGAACACGUUCUCUGUCUUACUUUAACCUAAUACGAGUAGCUUUGACCAAAAUUAGUGCGAGCACGGCUGUUGGUUUUUCAGUUUGAGAGAUUAAAUAGUCGGUAUGUUUGGUUUUAGUCUUUAGAGGUAGUUAGUUGGUUGUAUUGCGCGUGCUUAUCUUUGAAAGAGCUGUCCAAAUAAUCCGUUUGCAAUAUUUUAAGAGAACAUGGUGAUUCAUUGGCUGU